AUGAGUCAAGCGUUGCAGCUAAUAUAUUUAAUCCAUAUCAUCCCAUCCAGUAAAAACAGCAAAAAUAUAUUCCAAGAAUCCAUCAUGUACACAUCUAUGGUGGAAGACUCAAGCGAGGAGUCUGCUCCUCCGAAGUACGAGUUCCAGUAUGGCGUGAAGGACGGAUACUCGGGCGUGGACUUUGCCCACGGAGAGUCCCGUGACGAGGAUGAGACUCGAGGCUCUUACACGGUACAGCUUCCCGACGGCCGCCUGCAGAGGGUGACGUACUACGUGGACGGCGACGACGGAUACGUGGCCGACGUGACGUACGAGGGCGAGGCUCAGUUCCCAGAGUCCGAGGAAUCCCGAGAGGCUCCUGCGUACGCCCCACCGAGGCCCUCCUACGGGUACUCGCAAUGA